GAGCAGGACAGCGGAACUGACGCCGGCGGGCUUCCGGGAGCGGCCGGGGACGAGCGGCGGCGGCCGUCGGUCGUGAGGGAGCGGUGCGCGCGUCAGCAGCUACGGGCGACGCCAGUUCCGGACGGGGAGCCGGUCCUCGCUCGCGCGGAUCUGCGCCGAGUCGCGGGCUAUCGGCCGGCAGCUCUCGGAGCGCAGUGGUCGCCCGGUCGCCUCAGCGGCGGGCGCUGUUCUCGCUCGAAGCCCUCCCCACAGAUCCAUGAAUGGAAAUCGGCUCCGCAGGACCUGUUGGGGCCCAGCCCCUACUCAUAGUGCCCCGAAGACCUGGCUAUGGCACUAUGGGCAAACCCAUUAAAUUGCUGGCUAACUGUUUUCAAGUUGAAAUUCCAAAGAUUGAUGUCUACCUCUACGAGGUAGAUAUUAAACCAGACAAGUGUCCUAGGAGAGUGAACAGGGAGGUAGUUGACUCAAUGGUUCAGCAUUUUAAAGUAACAAUAUUUGGAGACCGUAGACCAGUUUAUGAUGGAAAAAGAAGCCUUUAUACAGCCAAUCCACUUCCUGUGGCAACUACUGGGGUAGAUUUAGAUGUUACAUUACCUGGGGAAGGUGGAAAAGAUCGACCUUUCAAGGUAUCAAUCAAAUUUGUGUCUCGGGUGAGUUGGCACCUACUGCAUGAAGUACUGACAGGACGGACCUUGCCUGAGCCACUGGAAUUAGAUAAGCCAAUCAGCACUAACCCUGUCCAUGCCGUUGAUGUGGUGCUACGACAUCUACCCUCCAUGAAAUAUACGCCUGUGGGGCGUUCCUUUUUCUCAGCUCCAGAAGGAUAUGACCACCCUCUGGGAGGGGGCAGAGAAGUAUGGUUUGGAUUCCAUCAGUCUGUUCGGCCUGCUAUGUGGAAAAUGAUGCUAAAUAUUGAUGUUUCUGCCACUGCCUUCUACAAAGCACAACCUGUAAUUCAGUUCAUGUGUGAAGUUCUUGACAUCCAUAAUAUUGAUGAGCAACCAAGACCUCUGACUGACUCUCAUCGUGUGAAAUUCACUAAAGAGAUAAAAGGUCUGAAGGUUGAAGUGACUCAUUGUGGAGCAAUGAGACGGAAAUACCGUGUUUGUAAUGUAACAAGAAGGCCUGCCAGCCAUCAAACCUUUCCAUUACAGUUAGAAAAUGGCCAAACUGUGGAAAGAACUGUAGCUCAGUAUUUCAGAGAAAAAUACACUCUUCAACUGAAGUACCCACACCUUCCCUGUCUGCAAGUGGGGCAGGAGCAGAAGCAUACAUACCUGCCACUAGAAGUCUGCAAUAUUGUGGCUGGGCAACGAUGUAUCAAGAAACUAACUGACAAUCAGACUUCCACUAUGAUUAAGGCAACAGCAAGAUCUGCACCAGAUAGACAAGAGGAAAUUAGCAGAUUGGUAAGAAGUGCAAAUUACGAAACAGAUCCUUUCGUUCAGGAGUUUCAAUUUAAAGUGCGGGAUGAAAUGGCCCACGUAACUGGGCGAGUGCUUCCAGCCCCUAUGCUCCAGUAUGGAGGACGGAAUCGGACAGUAGCAACACCAAGCCACGGAGUAUGGGAUAUGCGAGGAAAACAAUUUCACACGGGAGUUGAAAUCAAAAUGUGGGCUAUAGCUUGUUUCGCUACACAGAGGCAGUGCAGAGAAGAAAUAUUGAAAGGUUUCACAGACCAGCUGCGUAAGAUUUCCAAGGAUGCAGGAAUGCCCAUCCAAGGUCAGCCAUGCUUCUGCAAGUAUGCACAGGGGGCAGACAGUGUGGAGCCCAUGUUCCGACAUCUCAAGAAUACAUAUUCUGGAUUACAACUUAUUAUCGUCAUCCUGCCAGGGAAGACACCUGUGUAUGCGGAAGUGAAACGUGUAGGAGAUACACUUCUGGGUAUGGCCACACAGUGUGUGCAAGUCAAGAACGUAAUGAAAACAUCUCCUCAAACUCUCUCAAACUUGUGUCUAAAGAUAAAUGUUAAACUUGGAGGAAUCAAUAAUAUUCUUGUACCUCAUCAAAGACCUUCUGUAUUCCAGCAACCAGUGAUCUUUUUGGGAGCAGAUGUCACUCAUCCACCUGCUGGUGAUGGAAAGAAGCCUUCGAUUGCUGCUGUUGUAGGUAGUAUGGAUGCCCACCCAAGCAGAUACUGUGCCACAGUAAGAGUUCAGAGACCCCGACAGGAGAUCAUCCAGGACUUGGCCUCCAUGGUCCGAGAACUGCUCAUCCAGUUUUAUAAGUCAACUCGAUUCAAACCUACUCGUAUUAUCUUUUAUCGAGAUGGUGUUUCAGAAGGACAAUUUAGACAGGUAUUAUAUUAUGAGCUGCUAGCAAUUCGAGAAGCCUGUAUCAGUUUGGAGAAAGACUAUCAACCUGGAAUAACCUACAUUGUAGUUCAGAAGAGGCAUCACACACGAUUAUUUUGUGCUGAUAGGACAGAAAGGGUUGGAAGAAGUGGCAAUAUCCCAGCUGGAACAACAGUUGAUACAGACAUUACACACCCUUAUGAAUUUGACUUUUACCUCUGCAGCCAUGCUGGAAUACAAGGUACCAGCCGUCCAUCACACUAUCAUGUUUUAUGGGAUGACAACUGUUUUACUGCAGAUGAACUUCAGCUGCUGACUUACCAGCUCUGCCACACUUAUGUACGCUGUACACGAUCUGUUUCUAUACCUGCACCAGCGUAUUAUGCUCAUUUGGUGGCAUUCAGAGCCAGAUACCAUCUUGUGGACAAAGAGCAUGACAGUGCUGAAGGAAGCCAUGUUUCAGGACAGAGCAAUGGGCGAGACCCACAAGCUCUUGCCAAGGCUGUACAGAUUCACCAAGAUACCUUACGCACAAUGUACUUUGCUUAACAAGUUCAAGUGUAUUCUCUGAGAGGAAGAACUGAAAGAUGUAUCGACAUACAAUGUAUGUUUCCACUGGAGUUUGUUCAGUAGGGUCGCCUCCAGGGAUGCAGAAGCCAACACUGUGUGGGGGUCUGGUCCUUAUGUUGGUCCAAGGAAAAUCGUUUACUUCAUCAAGGAACACAGCACCUUUAUGCAAUAUGAAACCAGCCAGCUGCUUUUUGUGCAGUCUCCUGUAGGAAGUAUUGCAGUUGUUUUGUUUUCACUUGUUAUAUUCUAACCCUUUUAAUGCCUUUACCUCAAGUUGCUUGGCAGCACAACUAUAUUUGCAAAAAAGUAAAGAAAAAGUGAAUGAUGGUUUAAAAACACACACCUACACAAAUAACCAAGUGAUUGUUCACAAUUACGUGUGCAAAAAAAUAAUGUGCAUUCAUAUAUUCUUGUAUAAUGAGUCUGGAUUUUUAAAUAUAUACAUACUUCAUGUGCACAUAUAUCUAGGUCUAGGUUAAUAAUAGAUAUAUAUAUGUGUUUGUGUAUGUUUUAUAGUUCAUUCCAUUGGAGAACUUUCUUAUCUUCUCCCUGCUUCCACCUUUAUUUCUUUCACUACCUUUCUUGCCUUUGUUAUCUGCAUACUUGUCCUUAAUGCUACAGAUGACAUUCAAAUGUUCAUAUAUACGAAUCAUUAGUAAAGCAUGGCAAAUUAGCUGUUUAUCUCUCACACACCCUACUCCUAACCUCUAACCCAUGCACAAUUCUGAAUCCUCACCUCCUGAUACCAUGUAUGUAUGUGUGUGUCUGCUCCUUCUUGCUCUGGACUUACGUUUGCUACAUGUGUAAUGUACACAUAAGCAUUUGCAACCUAAACAUUUUUUUCUUUAGUGACUUUGUUAAAGCUGCUAUAAAUAUAAAACCUUGUCAGAAGUUGUAACUUUCUGGUCAGUGAUAAACGUUCCAAAGCCUUUGAUUCCUAUGAGUUAUACCUGGAAAUCCCUUAAAGCUUUUAUAAAGGGUAAAUAUUUUAAAAUUUUGAAACUCUGGGGCCUGGAGAGUUGGCUCAGUGGUUAAGAACACUGGCUAUUCUUGCAGAAGACCUGGGUUCAAA